AUGGUGAUCAACCCAACGUACCUCGCCCAGAGGACUCGCUCCUCAAAGAACUGGGCGGAAGCGAAACACAGAGUGCUGGCGAGCUACAGAGAUUGGGUCAGAGCGGCUCCAGAAAUCCAGACAAUGUACUCGCUCAACAUGCCAGUAUCUGCCCUUCGCACAAAAAUGAGACAAGAAUUCGAGAGACAUAGAUAUGUGUCACAGCUCAAGACGACGGAUGUGCUGCUGUUCAACAGUCACCAAGAAUUGCAGGAAACAUUGAACUUCUGGAAACAACUCACACAUGUACUCAAGUACUUCAGAGCAGAGGAGGAUCCGAAAGCAGCACUACCGAAGAACUUUAUCCAAGGAUUCAUCGAGGGACGGAAUUAG